AUGGCCGUCUCCAUGGAAAACGCGUUCGACGCUCUUGAACAAGACUAUGAGGAUUCACAUGCCCAAAAUCCUGGGCUUCACAAGAUUAUCCAGCAAAUUCUUGGUAAACUUGCUCCAGGAGCAAAGGUGCUUGACGCUGGCUGUGGAACGGGGAAGCCGGUUUCUCAUGCCCUUGCAAAUGCCGGGUGUGACGUCUACGGCAUUGAUAUCUCUCAAACGAUGGUGGAUAUAGCUAAGAGACAGGUGACGGGCUCUUUCGAAAAAGUUGAUAUGAGAGCUUAUAGGCCAGAAGUCCAGUUUGAUGCCAUUUUUGCAGUCUUUUCUCUCUUCGCGCUAUCCCGCCGUGAAAUAUCUGCCAUGAUGUUGAAGUUUUGCGAAUGGUUAUGUCCUGGCGGCAGCCUCAUUAUCGGAACCAUUCCUAGCACAAACAUAUCUACAGACAUGUCUCUGUAUGACAAAACAGGUCUGUGUAUGGUCGACAUAGAUUUCAUGGGCCAGAAGGUCAAGGGAACCGUUUACACAACGCGUGAAUGGCAUAAUAUGUUGACAAAAGUGGAUCCGUUUCAACCUAAAAAUACCCUUUACGCUAAGGAAGAUCACUAUUAUAUCAUUGCUAGACGGACGGCACAACACCCAUUGCUGGGACCAUAUCCGCUACCAACGCAGUAUAGAGGCCCACAUCCGCUAAGCGAACAGGCAUUUGGGCCGUUUGCUGCUAGGUUUUCUCGUGAGGAUUUUGAUGCAGUUUUGGAAGCUUUGAAGGAAAACCAAAAAGUUCUAGAUAUAGAAUUGCCAGUAGCACUUGCGAAGCGCCAUGGCAAGGUUUACUCCAUAGAGCCAAAUGCAGAUCGGAACACGAUUAUCUCGAACAAAUCCCAGACGAAUAAUGUUGAGGUUCUCCCGGGAACUGCUGAAAAUAUUCCAUUCCCGGAUAACAACUUUGACGCUGUUGUAUCGAUGUGGAUAUUGCAUUAUGUGCACGAUCUAGAAAAGUCGCUUAGAGAGAUGGCCCGGGUGGUAGAUCAACAUCUACCUAAUGCAAAGAUCGUAAUCGUCCAAGGGGCGCCAGAUAAUGAAGUAAUAAACCUGGUCAAUUACGUCUGCGCCCCCUUGAGCACCGAAAAUAAUCGAUUCGACCAUCAGGGCUUUCUCCUUCACAAAGCAUCGGAGAUUUUCCGAGAAGAGGGGUUUGAUGAUAUUACCCUUCGCCGAGUUGACGUUCAUUGCAAGUUUCCUGAGAAAGAUCUCUCUAAACGCUGUGCAAAUGCCGCUGAAAUUCUGGCCACUGUCUGGUUUGAAACUGACCCAAAUUUAGCUGAGAUGAAGCGAGAGAUGAUACCAGUACUAGAAGCCCACUUCGCACACAGGCCCAAUACUAUCGGAGAUGAAGGCGUUAUCUUGAUUGCUAGGCCAAGUAAAAAUGAAAGUUAUCAUUAA